AUGUCUGUUACGCUGUCGGCCGAUUUACUCGACGCGCAUCCCCGGUCCCAUAUUGUGGAUAUCGAUAACAAUUCGCGGGACGAUAACAUCCGUCUGGACACGUUUGGCUCUACGAGUAGGGAGAAUAGAAGACCGCUCCGCCCAAUCGACGUAGGUGCAGCCAACUCGCACCACUCGCGCCCGGUAGACAUCAAUCUGAACCCCUCGCCGUCUCCGAUGCCCAGGAAAGCCAACGGCGCCUCUAGCAGACCUAGCAGGGCGACGGGCUCUGCUCCCUCGUCAGCUUCAUCCAUCGACGACCAAACCAUGUCUGGCAACCUGCUCGAGCAACGGCGCAAGCAUGCCUCGCUCGAAUCUCCCGACUCUGCCACAAUGACGGCCAACCUCAUGAGCAGGAGUUCCUUUACUCUCGACAAUGCCCCUCCGCCGACGACCCAUCCCGAGGCCGCCUCCAAAGGCUUCACAGAUCUCCCCGAGCAGGACAAGCGCAACUUCUUGUUACUAGUCUUGCUAUACUUCUUGCAAGGCAUUCCUAUGGGCCUGGCUAGUGGCUCGGUUCCCUUCCUCCUCAAGUCACAUCUCUCGUACGGUCAGAUUGGUGUUUAUUCGCUCGCUUCAUACCCCUAUUCGCUCAAACUACUAUGGUCGCCCAUCGUCGACGCCGUCUGGACACCCAAGUUGGGCAGAAGAAAGAGUUGGAUUCUCCCUAUCCAGACAAUCAGUGGCUUUGGCAUGAUCUGGCUCGGAUCUCACGUCGAGGAAAUGAUGGUCAAGGCUGGUGAGAAUGGCGGCGCAGGCGUCUGGAACUUUACUGGCUGGUGGUUCGCUCUGGUCCUGAUGUGCGCUACUCAAGACAUUGCUGUGGAUGGUGUGUAA